AUGCGUGGGCCUCGGCUGCUGUCACUGCUGCUGGCCCUCAGGGCUGCCCUGCUGGGUGCCGACCUCACAACCAGACACACCACGGACCCAGACGCCACGGGCCAGGGCGAGGGGGGCCUGCAGACCCCUGGGGACCAGGGCUGGUGCUCCACGUGGGGGGCCGGCCACUUUUCCACCUUCGACCGCCAUGUGUACGACUUCUCGGGGACAUGCAACUAUGUCUUCGCGGCCACCUGCAAGGAUGCUUCGCCCACCUUCAGCAUCCAGCUGCGGCGGGAGCCGGACGGCACCAUCUCUCGCAUCAUCGUCGAGCUGGGGGCCUCCGUGGUCACCGUGAACAAGGCCACCGUCUCGGUCAAGGAUGUCGGGGUGGUCAGCCUGCCCUACAGCAGCAAUGGGCUGCAGAUCACGCCCUACGGCCAGAGUGUGCGGCUGGUGGUGACGCAGCUGGAGCUGGAGCUGGUGGUCAUGUGGGGACCGGACGCCUAUCUCACGGUGGUGGUGGAGAAGAAGUACAUGGGCCACAUGUGCGGGCUGUGUGGGAACUUCGAUGGGAAGGCCACCAACGAGUUCCUGAGCGAUGAUGGCAGGCUCCUGGAACCCUACAAGUACGCCGCUCUGCAGAAACUAGAUGACCCCAACGAAAUCUGUGCCUACGAAGCCAUCCCUAGCGUCCCGGUCCUGCUGGCCCAGCACGUCCAGAACUGCACAGAACUGCUGACGCUGGUGGCCCCAGAUUGUACUGUCCCCAAGGAGUCCCUGGUGCUGAGCUGCCAGGCAGACAUGGCUGCAUGCGCUCAGCCCGGGCAACCCAACUGCAGCUGCGCGACGCUGUCAGAAUACGCCCGCCAGUGCAGCGCAGCGGGCCAGCCUGUCCAGCGCUGGCGGGCGCCCGACCUGUGCCCCCUGGGCCCGUGCCCUGCAAACCAGGAGUAUCAGGAGUGUGGUGUGGCCUGCAUUCGGACCUGCUCCAACCCACAGCAUGGCUGCUCCAGCCCCUGCACUGUGGGCUGCUUCUGUCCGGACGGCACUGUCCUCGACGACCUCUCCAAGAACCACAGCUGCGUGCCCAUUGCCCAGUGCCCCUGCAGGCUCAACGGUGUGGUCUACGCCCCUGGGGAGAGCACAGAGACCCCCUGCAGGAGCUGCCAGUGCACCUUGGGCCGCUGGUCCUGCACAGAACGGCCAUGCCCUGGCCAGUGCUCACUGGAGGGAGGCUCCUUCGUCACCACAUUCGACGCCAGGCCCUACCGCUUCCACGGCACCUGCACCUACAUCGUCCUGCAGAGCCCACAGCUCCCGGAGGAGGGCACCCUCAUGGCUGUGUAUGACAAAUCAGGCUACUCGCACUCAGAGACGUCGCUGGUCUCCGUCAUCUACUUGUCACAGCAGGACAAGAUCGUGAUCUCGCAGGAUGAGGUCAUCACGGACAACGGAGACGUCAAAUGGCUGCCCUACAAGACCCGCAACAUCACCGUGUUCAGGCAGACGUCCACACAUCUGCAGAUGGCCACCACCUUCGGGCUGGAGGUCGUUGUCCAGCUCCGGCCGGUCUUCCAGGUGUAUGUCACGCUCGGGCCCCAAUUCAGAGGGCAGACCAGAGGGCUUUGCGGCAACUUCAACGGCGACACCACAGACGACUUCACCACCAGCCUGGGCGUCCCUGAGGGCACUGCCUCCCUCUUUGUGGAUUCCUGGAGAGCAGGGAACUGCCCAACCGCCCUGGAGCGUGAGACCGACCCCUGUUCCAUGAGCCAGCUCAACAAGGUGUGUGCGGAGACCCAUUGCUCAGCGCUACUGCAGGAGGGAGGCGUGUUCAAAAGGUGCCACGCCACAGUGAACCCCACGCCCUUCUACAAGAGGUGUGUAUACCAGGCCUGCAACUACGAGGAGACCUUCCCCCACAUCUGCAGCGCCCUGGGAGACUACGCCCAUGCCUGCGCAGCACAGGGCGUCCUGCUCUGGGGCUGGAGAAGCAGCGUGGACAACUGCACUGUCCCCUGCACGGGCAAUCGCACUUACAGCGACGACAGCCAAGCCUGCAACCGCACCUGCCUGUCGCUGUCGGACCCAACGGCCGAGUGCCAUGCCAGCGCUGUGCCCGUGGAUGGCUGCAACUGCCCUGAGGGCACCUACCUGAACCACAAGGCCGAGUGCGUGCGCCAGGCCCAGUGCCCGUGCCCACUAGACAAUCACAAGUUCAUCCUGGCCGAGCAGUCCACCAUGCUUAACGGGGCCAUCUGCUAUUGCAUCAGUGGAAAGCUGAGCUGCCCCGGGCAACAGCCAGAGAUGCUCCUGGCCUCCUGCCCGGCCCCCAAGACCUUUGAGACCUGCAGCCAGGACUCAGAGAACAAAUAUGGAGCAGCGUGCGCCCCCACCUGCCAGAUGCUGGCCACAGGCACUGCCUGUGUGCCCACCAAGUGCGAGUCAGGGUGCGUGUGUGCCAACGGCCUCUACGAGGACGCCAGUGGGCAGUGUGUGCCGCCCGAGCAGUGCCCCUGUGAGUUUGCGGGGGUCUCCUACCCCGCGGGCGCUGAGCUGCAGACUGACUGCCAGACCUGCAACUGCUCCAAGGGGAAGUGGCUGUGCCAGGACAGUGCCCACUGCUCAUCCACCUGUGUGCUCUAUGGGGAGGGCCACGUGGUCACCUUCGACGGGCAGCGCUUCCUGUUUGAUGGCAGCUGCGAGUACAUCUUAGUCACGGAUGGCUGUGGUGCCGACGCCCAGCCCACCUUCAAGAUUCUGACAGAAAACGUUGUGUGCGGCAAGUCAGGCGUCACCUGCUCCCGUGCCAUCAAGAUCUUCCUGGGGAAUGUGUCCAUCACACUAGCGGACAGGAACUACACAGUGAGCGGGGAGGACCCCAGCGUGAGCUUCCAGGUCAAGCCCAGCUCCCUGAGCCUCACGCUGGAGCUCGCCGUGCCCGGCAAGUUCAACCUGACACUGUUGUGGAACAAGCACAUGGCCAUCUUCAUCAAGAUUGAGCGCAUCACCCAGGACGCUCUCUGUGGUUUGUGCGGCAACUACAAUGGGAACAUGAACGAUGACCUGGAGACGCGCAGCCAGUACGUGGCGUCCAGUGAGGUGGAGUUUGUGAACUCGUGGAAGGAGAGCCCACUGUGCGGGGACGUGCUCGCCGCUGUGGAUCCCUGCAGCCUCAACGCCUUCCGCCUCUCCUGGGCUGAGCGCAAGUGUGCCAUCAUCAACAGCCAGACCUUCGCCGCCUGCCACAGCAAGGUGUACCGCAUGCCCUACUACGAGGCCUGUGUGCGGGACACGUGUGGAUGCGACACAGGGGGAGACUGCGAGUGCCUGUGUGACGCAGUCGCUGCCUACGCCAAGGCCUGUCUGGACAAGGGCGUGUGUGUGGACUGGCGGGCCCCAGACUUCUGCCCCAUCUACUGCGACUUCUACAACACGCACACGCGGGGGCACAACGAUGAGUACGAGUACACACAGGAGGCCAACUGUACCUGGCACUACCAGCCCUGCCUGUGCCCCGGCCAACUGCAGGCCUUCCCUGACGCCAACAUUGAAGGCUGCUACAACUGUUCGCAGGAUGAAUACUACGACCACAACGAGGGUACAUGUGUGCCAUGUGGUGCUCUGCCAUCAGCCACGGCCACUCCCUCGGCCGUGCCCACCACACCCUCACCGUCUGCCACCGCUCUGACGCCGUCAGUCAUGCCCACCACGCCCCCGCCUAUGCCAUCAGCCACACCCACCACAGAAACCACCACCACCACGCACACUGGCACCCCCACCACCGUCACCACCUCCCCUACCCACAGCAGUCCCCACACCUUCUUCACCACCCCAUCCAGGACCACAGCCUCGGGAACCACCACGCCUCUCACCACCCUUCCCCCGACCACCACGCCCUUCAGGACCACCGGCACCCUCCCCACCCCGUCUAGCCACGAGACCUCACCGCCCACCAUCUCGCCCGCACUCUCCACCUCCUCCGUGACCACCACCUCGCACGAGGACACCACCCCAACCAACCCACACAUCACCUCGUCCAUGCACGCCACCUCCACGCCUCCCACAACAACCAGUCCCCACACCUUCUUCACCACCCCAUCCAGGACCACAGCCUCGGGAACCACCACGCCUCUCACCACCCUUCCCCCGACCACCACGCCCUUCAGGACCACCGGCACCCUCCCCACCCCGUCUAGCCACGAGACCUCACCGCCCACCAUCUCGCCCGCACUCUCCACCUCCUCCGUGACCACCACCUCGCACGAGGACACCACCCCAACCAACCCACACAUCACCUCGUCCAUGCACGCCACCUCCACGCCUCCCACAACAACCAGUCCCCACACCUUCUUCACCACCCCAUCCAGGACCACAGCCUCGGGAACCACCACGCCUCUCACCACCCUUCCCCCGACCACCACGCCCUUCAGGACCACCGGCACCCUCCCCACCCCGUCUAGCCACGAGACCUCACCGCCCACCAUCUCGCCCGCACUCUCCACCUCCUCCGUGACCACCACCUCGCACGAGGACACCACCCCAACCAACCCACACAUCACCUCGUCCAUGCACGCCACCUCCACGCCUCCCACAACAACCAGUCCCCACACCUUCUUCACCACCCCAUCCAGGACCACAGCCUCGGGAACCACCACGCCUCUCACCACCCUUCCCCCGACCACCACGCCCUUCAGGACCACCGGCACCCUCCCCACCCCGUCUAGCCACGAGACCUCACCGCCCACCAUCUCGCCCGCACUCUCCACCUCCUCCGUGACCACCACCUCGCACGAGGACACCACCCCAACCAACCCACACAUCACCUCGUCCAUGCACGCCACCUCCACGCCUCCCACAACAACGCUCCAGCCCACGGAAACCACCACCACCACGCACACUGGCACCCCCACCACCGUCACCACCUCCCCUACCCACAGCAGUCCCCACACCUUCUUCACCACCCCAUCCAGGACCACAGCCUCGGGAACCACCACGCCUCUCACCACCCUUCCCCCGACCACCACGCCCUUCAGGACCACCGGCACCCUCCCCACCCCGUCUAGCCACGAGACCUCACCGCCCACCAUCUCGCCCGCACUCUCCACCUCCUCCGUGACGACCACCUCGCACGAGGACACCACCCCAACCAACCCACACAUCACCUCGUCCAUGCACGCCACCUCCACGCCUCCCACAACAACGCUCCAGCCCACGGGCCCCACACACACGGCCCCGCUCUCCACGGCCACCACCUCUCCCACCACCCAGCCCCACAGCUCUGUCAGCACUGCCAGAACCUCUGUGUCUCUCACCCCACUCCCAUCCUCCACGCCGCCCCACCAGCCCUCCUCAGCCCCACUCACAGAAACCACCACCACCACGCACACUGGCACCCCCACCACCGUCACCACCUCCCCUACCCACAGCAGUCCCCACACCUUCUUCACCACCCCAUCCAGGACCACAGCCUCGGGAACCACCACGCCUCUCACCACCCUUCCCCCGACCACCACGCCCUUCAGGACCACCGGCACCCUCCCCACCCCGUCUAGCCACGAGACCUCACCGCCCACCAUCUCGCCCGCACUCUCCACCUCCUCCGUGACCACCACCUCGCACGAGGACACCACCCCAACCAACCCACACAUCACCUCGUCCAUGCACGCCACCUCCACGCCUCCCACAACAACGCUCCAGCCCACGGGCCCCACACACACGGCCCCGCUCUCCACGGCCACCACCUCUCCCACCACCCAGCCCCACAGCUCUGUCAGCACUGCCAGACAGUCCCCACACCUUCUUCACCACCCCAUCCAGGACCACAGCCUCGGGAACCACCACGCCUCUCACCACCCUUCCCCCGACCACCACGCCCUUCAGGACCACCGCAGUCCCCACACCUUCUUCACCACCCCAUCCAGGACCACAGCCUCGGGAACCACCACGCCUCUCACCACCCUUCCCCCGACCACCACGCCCUUCAGGACCACCGGCACCCUCCCCACCCCGUCUAGCCACGAGACCUCACCGCCCACCAUCUCGCCCGCACUCUCCACCUCCUCCGUGACCACCACCUCGCACGAGGACACCACCCCAACCAACCCACACAUCACCUCGUCCAUGCACGCCACCUCCACGCCUCCCACAACAACCAGUCCCCACACCUUCUUCACCACCCCAUCCAGGACCACAGCCUCGGGAACCACCACGCCUCUCACCACCCUUCCCCCGACCACCACGCCCUUCAGGACCACCGGCACCCUCCCCACCCCGUCUAGCCACGAGACCUCACCGCCCACCAUCUCGCCCGCACUCUCCACCUCCUCCGUGACGACCACCUCGCACGAGGACACCACCCCAACCAACCCACACAUCACCUCGUCCAUGCACGCCACCUCCACGCCUCCCACAACAACCAGUCCCCACACCUUCUUCACCACCCCAUCCAGGACCACAGCCUCGGGAACCACCACGCCUCUCACCACCCUUCCCCCGACCACCACGCCCUUCAGGACCACCGGCACCCUCCCCACCCCGUCUAGCCACGAGACCUCACCGCCCACCAUCUCGCCCGCACUCUCCACCUCCUCCGUGACGACCACCUCGCACGAGGACACCACCCCAACCAACCCACACAUCACCUCGUCCAUGCACGCCACCUCCACGCCUCCCACAACAACCAGUCCCCACACCUUCUUCACCACCCCAUCCAGGACCACAGCCUCGGGAACCACCACGCCUCUCACCACCCUUCCCCCGACCACCACGCCCUUCAGGACCACCGGCACCCUCCCCACCCCGUCUAGCCACGAGACCUCACCGCCCACCAUCUCGCCCGCACUCUCCACCUCCUCCGUGACGACCACCUCGCACGAGGACACCACCCCAACCAACCCACACAUCACCUCGUCCAUGCACGCCACCUCCACGCCUCCCACAACAACCAGUCCCCACACCUUCUUCACCACCCCAUCCAGGACCACAGCCUCGGGAACCACCACGCCUCUCACCACCCUUCCCCCGACCACCACGCCCUUCAGGACCACCGGCACCCUCCCCACCCCGUCUAGCCACGAGACCUCACCGCCCACCAUCUCGCCCGCACUCUCCACCUCCUCCGUGACCACCACCUCGCACGAGGACACCACCCCAACCAACCCACACAUCACCUCGUCCAUGCACGCCACCUCCACGCCUCCCACAACAACCAGUCCCCACACCUUCUUCACCACCCCAUCCAGGACCACAGCCUCGGGAACCACCACGCCUCUCACCACCCUUCCCCCGACCACCACGCCCUUCAGGACCACCGGCACCCUCCCCACCCCGUCUAGCCACGAGACCUCACCGCCCACCAUCUCGCCCGCACUCUCCACCUCCUCCGUGACCACCACCUCGCACGAGGACACCACCCCAACCAACCCACACAUCACCUCGUCCAUGCACGCCACCUCCACGCCUCCCACAACAACCAGUCCCCACACCUUCUUCACCACCCCAUCCAGGACCACAGCCUCGGGAACCACCACGCCUCUCACCACCCUUCCCCCGACCACCACGCCCUUCAGGACCACCGGCACCCUCCCCACCCCGUCUAGCCACGAGACCUCACCGCCCACCAUCUCGCCCGCACUCUCCACCUCCUCCGUGACCACCACCUCGCACGAGGACACCACCCCAACCAACCCACACAUCACCUCGUCCAUGCACGCCACCUCCACGCCUCCCACAACAACCAGUCCCCACACCUUCUUCACCACCCCAUCCAGGACCACAGCCUCGGGAACCACCACGCCUCUCACCACCCUUCCCCCGACCACCACGCCCUUCAGGACCACCGGCACCCUCCCCACCCCGUCUAGCCACGAGACCUCACCGCCCACCAUCUCGCCCGCACUCUCCACCUCCUCCGUGACCACCACCUCGCACGAGGACACCACCCCAACCAACCCACACAUCACCUCGUCCAUGCACGCCACCUCCACGCCUCCCACAACAACCAGUCCCCACACCUUCUUCACCACCCCAUCCAGGACCACAGCCUCGGGAACCACCACGCCUCUCACCACCCUUCCCCCGACCACCACGCCCUUCAGGACCACCGGCACCCUCCCCACCCCGUCUAGCCACGAGACCUCACCGCCCACCAUCUCGCCCGCACUCUCCACCUCCUCCGUGACGACCACCUCGCACGAGGACACCACCCCAACCAACCCACACAUCACCUCGUCCAUGCACGCCACCUCCACGCCUCCCACAACAACCAGUCCCCACACCUUCUUCACCACCCCAUCCAGGACCACAGCCUCGGGAACCACCACGCCUCUCACCACCCUUCCCCCGACCACCACGCCCUUCAGGACCACCGGCACCCUCCCCACCCCGUCUAGCCACGAGACCUCACCGCCCACCAUCUCGCCCGCACUCUCCACCUCCUCCGUGACGACCACCUCGCACGAGGACACCACCCCAACCAACCCACACAUCACCUCGUCCAUGCACGCCACCUCCACGCCUCCCACAACAACCAGUCCCCACACCUUCUUCACCACCCCAUCCAGGACCACAGCCUCGGGAACCACCACGCCUCUCACCACCCUUCCCCCGACCACCACGCCCUUCAGGACCACCGGCACCCUCCCCACCCCGUCUAGCCACGAGACCUCACCGCCCACCAUCUCGCCCGCACUCUCCACCUCCUCCGUGACCACCACCUCGCACGAGGACACCACCCCAACCAACCCACACAUCACCUCGUCCAUGCACGCCACCUCCACGCCUCCCACAACAACCAGUCCCCACACCUUCUUCACCACCCCAUCCAGGACCACAGCCUCGGGAACCACCACGCCUCUCACCACCCUUCCCCCGACCACCACGCCCUUCAGGACCACCGGCACCCUCCCCACCCCGUCUAGCCACGAGACCUCACCGCCCACCAUCUCGCCCGCACUCUCCACCUCCUCCGUGACGACCACCUCGCACGAGGACACCACCCCAACCAACCCACACAUCACCUCGUCCAUGCACGCCACCUCCACGCCUCCCACAACAACCAGUCCCCACACCUUCUUCACCACCCCAUCCAGGACCACAGCCUCGGGAACCACCACGCCUCUCACCACCCUUCCCCCGACCACCACGCCCUUCAGGACCACCGGCACCCUCCCCACCCCGUCUAGCCACGAGACCUCACCGCCCACCAUCUCGCCCGCACUCUCCACCUCCUCCGUGACGACCACCUCGCACGAGGACACCACCCCAACCAACCCACACAUCACCUCGUCCAUGCACGCCACCUCCACGCCUCCCACAACAACCAGUCCCCACACCUUCUUCACCACCCCAUCCAGGACCACAGCCUCGGGAACCACCACGCCUCUCACCACCCUUCCCCCGACCACCACGCCCUUCAGGACCACCGGCACCCUCCCCACCCCGUCUAGCCACGAGACCUCACCGCCCACCAUCUCACCCGCACUCUCCACCUCCUCCGUGACGACCACCUCGCACGAGGACACCACCCCAACCAACCCACACAUCACCUCGUCCAUGCACGCCACCUCCACGCCUCCCACAACAACCAGUCCCCACACCUUCUUCACCACCCCAUCCAGGACCACAGCCUCGGGAACCACCACGCCUCUCACCACCCUUCCCCCGACCACCACGCCCUUCAGGACCACCGGCACCCUCCCCACCCCGUCUAGCCACGAGACCUCACCGCCCACCAUCUCGCCCGCACUCUCCACCUCCUCCGUGACGACCACCUCGCACGAGGACACCACCCCAACCAACCCACACAUCACCUCGUCCAUGCACGCCACCUCCACGCCUCCCACAACAACCAGUCCCCACACCUUCUUCACCACCCCAUCCAGGACCACAGCCUCGGGAACCACCACGCCUCUCACCACCCUUCCCCCGACCACCACGCCCUUCAGGACCACCGGCACCCUCCCCACCCCGUCUAGCCACGAGACCUCACCGCCCACCAUCUCGCCCGCACUCUCCACCUCCUCCGUGACGACCACCUCGCACGAGGACACCACCCCAACCAACCCACACAUCACCUCGUCCAUCAGUCCCCACACCUUCUUCACCACCCCAUCCAGGACCACAGCCUCGGGAACCACCACGCCUCUCACCACCCUUCCCCCGACCACCACGCCCUUCAGGACCACCGGCACCCUCCCCACCCCGUCUAGCCACGAGACCUCACCGCCCACCAUCUCGCCCGCACUCUCCACCUCCUCCGUGACCACCACCUCGCACGAGGACACCACCCCAACCAACCCACACAUCACCUCGUCCAUGCACGCCACCUCCACGCCUCCCACAACAACCAGUCCCCACACCUUCUUCACCACCCCAUCCAGGACCACAGCCUCGGGAACCACCACGCCUCUCACCACCCUUCCCCCGACCACCACGCCCUUCAGGACCACCGGCACCCUCCCCACCCCGUCUAGCCACGAGACCUCACCGCCCACCAUCUCGCCCGCACUCUCCACCUCCUCCGUGACGACCACCUCGCACGAGGACACCACCCCAACCAACCCACACAUCACCUCGUCCAUGCACGCCACCUCCACGCCUCCCACAACAACCAGUCCCCACACCUUCUUCACCACCCCAUCCAGGACCACAGCCUCGGGAACCACCACGCCUCUCACCACCCUUCCCCCGACCACCACGCCCUUCAGGACCACCGGCACCCUCCCCACCCCGUCUAGCCACGAGACCUCACCGCCCACCAUCUCGCCCGCACUCUCCACCUCCUCCGUGACGACCACCUCGCACGAGGACACCACCCCAACCAACCCACACAUCACCUCGUCCAUGCACGCCACCUCCACGCCUCCCACAACAACCAGUCCCCACACCUUCUUCACCACCCCAUCCAGGACCACAGCCUCGGGAACCACCACGCCUCUCACCACCCUUCCCCCGACCACCACGCCCUUCAGGACCACCGGCACCCUCCCCACCCCGUCUAGCCACGAGACCUCACCGCCCACCAUCUCGCCCGCACUCUCCACCUCCUCCGUGACGACCACCUCGCACGAGGACACCACCCCAACCAACCCACACAUCACCUCGUCCAUGCACGCCACCUCCACGCCUCCCACAACAACCAGUCCCCACACCUUCUUCACCACCCCAUCCAGGACCACAGCCUCGGGAACCACCACGCCUCUCACCACCCUUCCCCCGACCACCACGCCCUUCAGGACCACCGGCACCCUCCCCACCCCGUCUAGCCACGAGACCUCACCGCCCACCAUCUCGCCCGCACUCUCCACCUCCUCCGUGACGACCACCUCGCACGAGGACACCACCCCAACCAACCCACACAUCACCUCGUCCAUGCACGCCACCUCCACGCCUCCCACAACAACCAGUCCCCACACCUUCUUCACCACCCCAUCCAGGACCACAGCCUCGGGAACCACCACGCCUCUCACCACCCUUCCCCCGACCACCACGCCCUUCAGGACCACCGGCACCCUCCCCACCCCGUCUAGCCACGAGACCUCACCGCCCACCAUCUCGCCCGCACUCUCCACCUCCUCCGUGACGACCACCUCGCACGAGGACACCACCCCAACCAACCCACACAUCACCUCGUCCAUGCACGCCACCUCCACGCCUCCCACAACAACGCUCCAGCCCACGGGCCCCACACACACGCCCUCCUCAGCCCCACUCACAGAAACCACCACCACCACGCACACUGGCACCCCCACCACCGUCACCACCUCCCCUACCCACAGCAGUCCCCACACCUUCUUCACCACCCCAUCCAGGACCACAGCCUCGGGAACCACCACGCCUCUCACCACCCUUCCCCCGACCACCACGCCCUUCAGGACCACCGGCACCCUCCCCACCCCGUCUAGCCACGAGACCUCACCGCCCACCAUCUCGCCCGCACUCUCCACCUCCUCCGUGACGACCACCUCGCAUGAGGACACCACCCCAACCAACCCACACAUCACCUCGUCCAUGCACGCCACCUCCACGCCUCCCACAACAACCAGUCCCCACACCUUCUUCACCACCCCAUCCAGGACCACAGCCUCGGGAACCACCACGCCUCUCACCACCCUUCCCCCGACCACCACGCCCUUCAGGACCACCGGCACCCUCCCCACCCCGUCUAGCCACGAGACCUCACCGCCCACCAUCUCGCCCGCACUCUCCACCUCCUCCGUGACGACCACCUCGCACGAGGACACCACCCCAACCAACCCACACAUCACCUCGUCCAUGCACGCCACCUCCACGCCUCCCACAACAACCAGUCCCCACACCUUCUUCACCACCCCAUCCAGGACCACAGCCUCGGGAACCACCACGCCUCUCACCACCCUUCCCCCGACCACCACGCCCUUCAGGACCACCGGCACCCUCCCCACCCCGUCUAGCCACGAGACCUCACCGCCCACCAUCUCGCCCGCACUCUCCACCUCCUCCGUGACCACCACCUCGCACGAGGACACCACCCCAACCAACCCACACAUCACCUCGUCCAUGCACGCCACCUCCACGCCUCCCACAACAACCAGUCCCCACACCUUCUUCACCACCCCAUCCAGGACCACAGCCUCGGGAACCACCACGCCUCUCACCACCCUUCCCCCGACCACCACGCCCUUCAGGACCACCGGCACCCUCCCCACCCCGUCUAGCCACGAGACCUCACCGCCCACCAUCUCGCCCGCACUCUCCACCUCCUCCGUGACCACCACCUCGCACGAGGACACCACCCCAACCAACCCACACAUCACCUCGUCCAUGCACGCCACCUCCACGCCUCCCACAACAACGCUCCAGCCCACGGAAACCACCACCACCACGCACACUGGCACCCCCACCACCGUCACCACCUCCCCUACCCACAGCAGUCCCCACACCUUCUUCACCACCCCAUCCAGGACCACAGCCUCGGGAACCACCACGCCUCUCACCACCCUUCCCCCGACCACCACGCCCUUCAGGACCACCGGCACCCUCCCCACCCCGUCUAGCCACGAGACCUCACCGCCCACCAUCUCGCCCGCACUCUCCACCUCCUCCGUGACGACCACCUCGCACGAGGACACCACCCCAACCAACCCACACAUCACCUCGUCCAUGCACGCCACCUCCACGCCUCCCACAACAACGCUCCAGCCCACGGGCCCCACACACACGGCCCCGCUCUCCACGGCCACCACCUCUCCCACCACCCAGCCCCACAGCUCUGUCAGCACUGCCAGAACCUCUGUGUCUCUCACCCCACUCCCAUCCUCCACGCCGCCCCACCAGCCCUCCUCAGCCCCACUCACAGAAACCACCACCACCACGCACACUGGCACCCCCACCACCGUCACCACCUCCCCUACCCACAGCAGUCCCCACACCUUCUUCACCACCCCAUCCAGGACCACAGCCUCGGGAACCACCACGCCUCUCACCACCCUUCCCCCGACCACCACGCCCUUCAGGACCACCGGCACCCUCCCCACCCCGUCUAGCCACGAGACCUCACCGCCCACCAUCUCGCCCGCACUCUCCACCUCCUCCGUGACCACCACCUCGCACGAGGACACCACCCCAACCAACCCACACAUCACCUCGUCCAUGCACGCCACCUCCACGCCUCCCACAACAACGCUCCAGCCCACGGGCCCCACACACACGGCCCCGCUCUCCACGGCCAUCACCUCUCCCACCACCCAGCCCCACAGCUCUGUCAGCACUGCCAGAACCUCUGUGUCUCUCACCCCACUCCCAUCCUCCACGCCGCCCCACCAGCCCUCCUCAGCCCCACUCACAGAAACCACCACCACCACGCACACUGGCACCCCCACCACCGUCACCACCUCCCCUACCCACAGCAGUCCCCACACCUUCUUCACCACCCCAUCCAGGACCACAGCCUCGGGAACCACCACGCCUCUCACCACCCUUCCCCCGACCACCACGCCCUUCAGGACCACCGGCACCCUCCCCACCCCGUCUAGCCACGAGACCUCACCGCCCACCAUCUCGCCCGCACUCUCCACCUCCUCCGUGACCACCACCUCGCACGAGGACACCACCCCAACCAACCCACACAUCACCUCGUCCAUGCACGCCACCUCCACGCCUCCCACAACAACGCUCCAGCCCACGGGCCCCACACACACGGCCCCACUCUCCACGGCCACCACCUCUCCCACCACCCAGCCCCACAGCUCUGUCAGCACUGCCGGAGCCACCUCUCAAGCUCAUAAUUCCUGGCCCAGCUCCUGGACAACGCCUGUUCCCUCCAGCUUGCCGUCAAUCACUGGCAGUUCAGCUACCCUCUCCCCAAUUCCCAGCACCUCCUCCUUCCCGCUGCGCACUUCACCUGUUGCUCCUUCCUCCUCUGUGUCCUACACUGCCUUUAGCUCCAGUGUUCUGCCCACCACGACCGCGUCCUUCCCUUCCUCCGCUGAACCUGUGUCCACCACUGGCCUAUUCUCUUCCACAUUAUCCUCUGUGCCCCCCUCCAGCACCGGGCAUCUCGUGUCCACUGCUCGUACAUCAGCCAGCAGCACGCCUCCCACUGCCUCCUCCUUGUCCACCACCUCCCGCCAGACCUCUCUCACUAGCCCCGUCUCCACUGCUGGCCCCACGUCCUCCUCCUUGGGUACAACUACCGUACCUAGUUCUCCAGCUAGCAACUUCACCAGCAGCAAGCCUCCUGCCAGCUGGUCGACUACGUCCUUUCUGCUGACCAGCUCUGCCCUGUCUUCCACCAGUAGCCCCUUGGUGUCCUCCGCGGUCCCGUCUGCUCCCAGCUCACCAGGGCUGUGCCAUGUCCAGGAGCAGCAGCAGGAGGUCACCUACCAGGGGUGCAAGGCCAACGUGACUGUGACCCGCUGCGAGGGCAGCUGCCCUUCCUCAGCCAGCUUCAAUCCAGAGAGCCUGCACGUAGAGACCCAAUGCGGCUGCUGCCGCCCUGUCACCUCCUACGAGAAGCAGCUGGAGCUGCCCUGCUCGGACCCUGCAGCUCCAGGGAGCCCACUCCUGCUGCCCCUGCAGGUCUUCACCAGCUGCGCCUGCAGCCCCUGGACCUGUGCAGACUAAUGGGGGGAUCUGGGGCUGGGCGAUGGCCACAGCCUGCCCUGGGACCCAGCUGGCCUCGGGGGUGCCCAAUCCCCACUUCCAUGCUCCACAGACCCCCCAGCAAGCAGAGCAAGGCCAAA